CUCCAACGCCACGCGGGCCGGGCUAGGGUGACCACGGCCGCAGCGCGGUCCCGGCGACCAAGACAGUGCGUGCUGAGCCCUAACCUCCAUUCAAGAUGAACAGUGAGCAGGUCAUACUGGUGGGGCAGGUGUUUGAGUCCUACGUUUCAGAGUACCAUAAGAACGAUAUUCUUCUGAUCUUGAAAGAGAGAGAUGAAGAUGCUCACUACCCAGUUGUGGUUAAUGCUAUGACCCUUUUCGAGACCAACAUGGAAAUCGGAGACUAUUUCACCGUGUUCCCCAAUGAAGUACUAACAGUCUUUGACAGUGCACUUCGCAGGUCAGCCUUGGCAAUUCUGCAGUCCCUUCCUGAGCCCGAGGGCUUAUCUAUGAAGCAGAAUCUUCAUGCCAGGAUAUCAGGUUUGCCUGUUUGUCCAGAACUGGUCAGGGAACACAUUCCUAAAACCAAGGAUGUGGGACACUUCUUAUCUGUCACUGGGACAGUGAUCCGAACGAGUCUGGUGAAGGUCCUGGAGUUCGAGCGGGAUUACAUGUGUAACAAAUGCAAGCAUGUGUUCGUGGUGAAGGCCGACUUCGAGCAGUAUUACACCUUCAGUCGGCCAUCGUCAUGUCCAAGCUUAGACAGCUGUGACUCCUCAAAAUUCACUUGCCUCUCAGACUUGUCUUCAUCUCCGGCCAGAUGUCGGGAUUACCAGGAAAUCAAAAUUCAGGAGCAGGUGCAAAGGCUGUCUGUUGGAAGUAUCCCACGAUCUAUGAAGGUUAUUCUGGAAGAUGACCUAGUUGACAGUUGCAAAUCUGGAGAUGACCUCACCAUCUAUGGGGUUGUAAUGCAACGGUGGAAACCCUUUCAGCGGGAUGUACGCUGUGAAGUGGAGAUUGUCUUGAAAGCCAACUAUGUCCAAGUGAAUAAUGAGCAGUCCUCAGGGAUGGUCAUGGAUGAGGACACUCGAAAAGAAUUUGAAGACUUCUGGGAAUACUAUAAGAGUGACCCCUUUGCAGGGAGGAAUGAAAUAUUGGCCAGCUUGUGUCCUCAAGUGUUUGGGAUGUAUCUAGUGAAGCUUGCUGUGGCCAUGGUACUGGCUGGUGGAAUUCAAAGAACUGAUGCUGCAGGAACAAGGGUUAGAGGGGAAUCUCACCUUUUAUUGGUUGGGGAUCCUGGCACAGGGAAAUCACAAUUCCUUAAAUAUGCAGCGAAGAUUACCCCAAGGUCCGUCUUAACCACAGGAAUUGGAUCUACCAGUGCAGGCCUGACCGUGACAGCUGUUAAAGACUCAGGAGAAUGGAAUCUAGAGGCUGGGGCCUUGGUGCUUGCAGAUGCUGGUCUCUGCUGUAUUGACGAAUUUAACAGCCUCAAAGAACAUGACAGGACAAGCAUCCAUGAAGCAAUGGAGCAACAAACCAUAAGUGUUGCUAAGGCUGGCCUUGUUUGUAAGCUGAACACAAGGACCACCAUCCUGGCAGCAACUAACCCCAAAGGCCAGUAUGACCCCCAGGAGUCUGUGUCUGUGAACAUCGCCCUUGGGAGCCCACUCUUAAGUCGAUUUGACCUCGUCCUGGUUUUGCUCGACACUAGGAAUGAAGACUGGGAUCGUAUCAUUUCUUCCUUUAUCUUAGAAAAUAAAGGUUAUCCAAGCAAGUCAGAGAAUCUGUGGAGCAUGGAGAAGAUGAAAACCUACUUCUGCCUCAUUCGGAAUCUUCACCCCACACUGUCCGAAGUGAGCAAUCAAGUCCUCCUCCGAUACUACCAAAUGCAAAGGCAGAGUGACUCCCGGAAUGCAGCCCGGACAACCAUCCGCCUGUUAGAAAGCCUGAUCCGAUUAGCAGAAGCUCACGCUCGCCUGAUGUUCCGCAAUACCGUGACUCUGGAAGAUGCUAUUACAGUUGUGUCUGUGAUGGAAUCUUCAAUGCAGGGAGGUGCACUGCUAGGAGGUGUGAAUGCUCUUCACACUUCCUUCCCUGAAAGCCCCCGUGCACAGUACCGGAGGCAGUGUGAACUCAUUCUGGAAAAGCUGGAACUCCAGAGCCUCUUGCAGGAAGAACUUAGAAGACUGGAAAGGUUACAGAAUGAGAGUGUACACCAAUGCCGGUCACAUUCCCCAGAGGUGGAGGUGGCUCCAGGUUCCUGCAGAAAUGAUCCCAGGGACAAGCCAAGGCUCACGACUUCAACACAGCAGAAACAGAGCUGUGACUGGAGUCCCACAGAGAGGUCUGGUGGAGACUCCCCACCUGGUCCAGGGCUUAAUAGACCAACAAUUUGUAACGACUCAGCUGAGAGCAGAGAUGGCGGAGGUGACGGUUUAGACUGGUUGGACCCCACGUCAAGUCCUGAGAUUGCACCAGAAAGCACUAUUGUGUUUCCCAAUCUGAAAACAACUGAGCAAAGUGUGGAUUUAAAAAUCUCCAACAAUAAAUCUCAGGGCAAGGAAAAGCAUGGGCCACAGCAAAGAAGCAAAUUAUUCGAAGCUGGACAUCUUCCAUCAUCAGGAGCCACGAGUGCCCCCUUACGGUCUCACGGUGUUAAGAGUACAAAGGCAAGACAGGCAGAGGUUGCAUCUGAAGCAGGACGGGGUGAUGAACAAGACUCUGUGCCCCAAAGACUCCCCAAGCUGCUGAAGGAGGGGUCCCAGAGUGUGUGCAGAAGCACAACCAGAGUGCGAUCACUGCCACCCACUGUCCCUCUGUCCCUGUCCAUCCCUUCACCUGGGUCAGGAAAAAGAACAGGAACACCCAAAAGAAAGAGACAGAAAUCUGCUCAGGUGGAAGAGCCUGAGCCUGAAGGUAUGGAGACCCCAACAGUAAAGCUGGCCAAAUUCACAUUUAAACAGAAGACAAAACUGACCCACUCCCCCGAAGGCCAAGGCCCCACGCCUCCCGGUGCUAGUAAAAUAGCAGUCGACAGUUCUAAAAUUCCCCAACAAAGAACAAGAAGAGAAGCAGCUGUGCCUGUGGCAGUGCCAGGAAAGUCGACAUCCACCUCAGGAGACAGAUGCUCUGACCAGCUGCCCAGAAAGACAAAGGAGCUCUCAAGGCAGCCACCAGAGAGUAAUCGACCAAGAGAGGAGAGGGAACAGGGCCCCAAAGGAAGGGUUAUUCAGCCCGAGCCGGAGCUUGGGAACCAGGCUGGGCACUCGCAUCUAGCUUGUGAGAAAGACAGAAAGGAAGGGGUUUCCUGCCAUAAUAAAAGCAGCAAGGUUCAUGCUGGCACGAUAGCCAGGCUGGCAAGCUUCUCCUUCACUUCCGCACCAGAAUCCAAAUCAGAAUCCCUCCCUCCCGAGAGCAGGGACAGCACGGACAGGAGCCGCAGCCCUCCUGUCACCACAGCUCCGGUGCUGGGCCAGCAAAGGCAGUCUUUCCAGCUGCAGCAGCCCACAGAGAGAGUGAAACUUUCCACCCUCUCCCUCUUCAGUCUGUCGGAACUAGAUGACGAGGCGUUAGAUUUUGACUGGGAUGAAGAGAUGAGGAAAAAGCCAUGAUUAGGAAAAGCAUUCUGGUCAGAGUUGUUUUGCCCAGUCCAACCAAGUGCCUUCCAAGUAUCCACGUGGUUUCAGGUGUGCACACAGUGUGUCUGUCGUGCGUGGCCCUGCCGAAGCCCAACUCCCUUGUCAGGUUUAUCUUCAUCACUUAAAUGCCGAAUAAUUACUUGCGAUCAGUGUGAUAUCAGUGCUUUGGAUGAAUGAAUUAAUGCUUCAUUUCACAAAAGAUGACUUACCAUCCAGGACAUUCUAGUUUUUCACUUGGUUUUUGUUUUUGUGUUUUGGUUUUUGGUUUUGGUUGGUUGGUUGGCUGGUUCAUUUUUGUUGUAUUGGUUUUGUUUGGGGGUUUGGUUUGGUUUUUACUAGAGGAGUUCUAUUCUGAGUUUCUUCUGUCAUAUCUCCAGACCAAAUGGCAAGAUGGUGGCACUGAGAAGUCUAACAGGGCAGCUGGGGGCUUUCUGUUUGCUUUGCAUCCCCUGCCCAGUACGUGCUGAAUGCGGAAUUUAUUAACAUUUGGAAUGACUUGCCAAAAUCAUGUGGUUUUCUCAUACCUCUGUUAAUUCUCACACAUCAGAUUAAAAGGGACUGGUGGUCUUCUGCCUUCGAGACACAUGCUCUCAUUGCACAGCGUCCUCAGGGAAGCCACACCGUAGCUUACGGAAGGAAGCACUGGCCCUUGGACUUGUUCCCCUUGCGCCAGCAGGCCUUGCCUUUCAUUCCUUUUGCUCUCGGAGCUUACCUUCAGUACAACUUAAAUCAUGUGGUUAGAAGAGAAGAGAGGUCCAAAAGACCAGCUCUGUCCCUGUCACAUCUGCAGUGGCAGCAGUAUGAAAAUGUGAUCCCUGGUAGGUUUGGCUUUUCAUAAAACCAAGAAAAUUUGGAUUGGGAUAUGGCUCAGAAGUAGAAUGUAUAUGUAGCAUGUAUGACAUUACUUAUUAUGUAAGAAAUAAUAAAAUAAAAAAAAAGAAGUUUCCAUGACUGGUGGGCAUAGAUGACUAAA